AUGAAACCUUUGGAUUCUAAAAAGAGCUGGCAGUUGUUUUUGAAAACAAUAAACCAUGGCAAUAAAUUGACGGGUGAGCAUAAAUUCCCAAAGUCCUUGGAGCCUAAGGGAAAACAAAUGUUGAGAAAAUGUGACGGCCUGCCAUUAGCUAUAAAAGAGGUGGGAAAGCAGUUAGUGGAAAAGAAACUCUCAGGGGGGAGUGAAUGGGAACAACUUCUUGAAUCAGUUGAUUUUGGUUCAACACUCAAGUUAUUGGAACCAUUUUAUCAUAAAUUGGAUCCCGAACUGGAGUCAUGUUUCCUGUAUAUGUCUUUCUUUAAGGAAAAUACAACUUUGAGGGCAGAAAAGUUGACACAGAUAUGGAUUGCAGGAGGAGUGGUUUCAGGUUAUUGUGGAUCAUAUUUAGAUGGUUUAAUCAAUGAAUCUGUUAUUGAUGUCAAGGACAAGAGCACAAAGUACCGCAUGAAUGCUUUGCUACACAUGUUAUCCAUCCAAAAAGCAGAGGAGAAACUAGGUUUUGAGAUCCUAAGGAACAAUGGAAAUAAUCGAUCCUUUCCGAGUCCUCGUCUUCAUCGUAUUAUUAUUUGUAGCAGAGACAAGUUCAACUACUCCACGGAUCAAGAUAAACAUCUUGUUUCUCUCUUCUUCCAUGGAGGUGGCUACUUCGACACUAGUCCAUCUUACUGGAACAGUUUUGAAGAACUUAACAUUCUUGACUUGGAAGAUUUUGGGCUGAAGAAUUUACCUGAAAGUAUCAGCACAUUGAUCGAAUUAAAAUACUUGGGAUUGAGAAACAAUUACAUAGAAGAGCUCCCAGACUUGUUGGGGUGCCUAAACAACCUUGAGGUUCUUGACAUAUCUCAAAACUUUAUGGUGGAGGUGCCUAAUGUUAUAUGGAGAUUGCGUAGCCUUCGCCACCUCUACAUGUCUGAUAUGGUUUGUCGGAAGUCUUUGUGGUUUGACAUACUGGAGAAUCUGGAGACCUUAACCUACGUCUCACUUGCUAAUUGGACAUAUGAGCUCUUGGGCUUAAAUAUGUUGAGUUCUCUUAAGAAACUGGGCAUAGAAGAAUUGGAUGGAAACUCAAAUGUAAGCAAGCUCUUUGUGUCAUUGGCUGACUUGAAGAAUCUUAAACACCUAAUCUUAAGAGGGUAUCGUUUCAGAAGGAUGCCUAGUUUGGAGGAGAUUGGUAUUCUACAGAGUCUCGAAUCACUCAAAUUGGAUGGACUUCUUGCCAGGUUACCAACUAAUCUCCCUCCAAAUAUUACAUCAUUGACAUUGAUUGAUAGUUGUCUUGAUGAGGACCCCAUGGCACUACUAGCGGGGAAGCUACCAAAGCUAGAGUACCUCAAAUUGCGGAACGCAUACACUGGUCAACAAAUGGUGAUCUUGCGCAAUGGCUUCCAAAGGCUCCAAGUCAUGUGCAUUGAAGAGUUGUGGAAUCUGAGAAAUCUACAAAGUGAUGCAUUAACGUUUUGGUUCAAGAAAUUAGAAAUUCACGAUUGUCCAAAUCUGACCCUCCCGGAGAAUAUUUUGUCGAUGAGUUAUCUGAAUGAGUUAAAGAUGGUGACAACCAAAAGAAUUGCAACAAAGAUGAGGAAUUCAGACUUAAUCUCCAAAAUACCGGUCGUGAAUAUCAAUCCAUGA